UGCGUUUUCGACUGGCCGCAUGGACACUCCUCCACACUGAUUGAGAGGCAAAGCUCAGAAAUGUUUCCAACCUCACAAAUUUUCUGUUUAUUUAAUUAGUCAUUUAUGUGUAUGAUAAUAGUUCAGAGUAGCGCUUUAUUUGGACGGUUUACAGUUUGGUCCUGCGUGUGGCGUGUCCGCAGCGAGUCUGAGAGAGACGCACUGAAGCAGCAGAGCUUCUCUUUGUCAUGGACUUCCCACCAAGCAAGAGACAGAAAGGUCAUCAGGUCACAGCUGAACCCGACCCGUUUGACGAUGACAUUGAUUUCACGCAGGAUGACCUGGAGCAGAUUGACACCAUCGCGUCCCAGGCCAUCACAGGAGACGGCCAGAACAGUGGGUCAAAGAGAACGUUCGCUUCUGUGUUCACUUGCGCUGAUGAGCGAAGCGAAGCAUCUGUGAGAUCCGGCCGGAAAACAUUUGCCAUCGGAGAUGGCUGCAGCGGCAGCAACACGUAUAAGGAUAAAGAACCUCAAAGAAAAGAUGUGUUUGAUGGCCAUUCCAGUAAAGAUGGAGAAGAUCUGUACUACAAGCAGUUAGAGCAACAGCAAGCAGACCUGAAGAAAAAGCUGAAGGAGGUAGAGGAGGAGAUCCUGAUGAAGAACGGAGAGAUCCGAGUCUUGCGUGACUCCCUGAAACUGGCCAACCAGGAGAAGGAGCAGCAGCGGCAGAGCCAGCUCGCCCUGGAGAAAGAGAAAGCUCACGCUCGGAGCGAACACGAGAAGGAGCUGUCCAGGAAGGUGCAGUCGCUGCAGUCAGAGUUGCACUUUAAAGAAGCCGAGAUGAAUGAAAUGAGAGGGAAACUUCAGAGCAUUGAGCGCGGAGGAAAGCAGCCUGGCACUCCUGCACGAAACAUUCUUCACUCUCCUGCGAGUCGAGCGUUCAUGACUAAAGAACAUUUCUCAGCCGAAUUCUCCAAGAAAACAUCUCCUGUUAAAAAAGCACAUUUAUUAGAGGAUGGUAAACCAGCUCAGUCCAAACGUUCCCUCGCAGAGGAGCCGCGAUCGGACCGAACCCUCAGAGCCGAUCACCAACAGGAAGGGUGUGUGUUACUGAACCUGCUGCUGCAGCAGCCGCUGGAUCCGAGCACUUUGGGUCUGUGUCACCUGCUGUCCAUCAGUCCUGACGCUCUGCCAAACGUCCUGUCACAGCACGGCUACGUCAGCCCGGAAUCGUUGUCGACUUCCAGCUCGUCCUCCACAGAACUCAGAUCAUUUCAUCGUCCUCAAGCUCGAUUUCACCAGCUGCAAAAUCUGGCCAUGUCUGCUCUGACCGCAUUAGCUCUCCAUCACCCUGACAGUGUCCCACAUAACCCAGAUGCUGCUCUCCAACCCUCCCAGCGCUCCUGUCCAGCCGCGGCACACUUCCUCCCCCUGCUCACCUUCCACAUCAGCACAUACUGCCAGUCUCUGGAGACAGUGGAGAGCUCAGCAAAGACCUCGCUCCACGGCAGCUCACUGUCGGGUUCGUCCGACUCCAGCCUGACCUCGAGUCUGGAGGAGUCUCUCGGCGGUCAGGAGGAGUUUGCCCUGGCCGCCCUGAAAGCGCUCUAUCACAUAGUGUGCUAUAGCAGCGAGGCUCUGGAGGUGGUUUUGUGCCAUCAGGAGGACGUGAAGCGGCCGCAGGGUUCGAAACAUCUCCUCAGCGCCUCUGAACAUCUGAACGGGGACACGCAGACACAGCUGCCUCUUCUCAGGAGGAUCCUACAGCUGGCGGAUCCUGCCUUCAUUACCGCCGCUGGCCAGAGGGAGGCGCUAGUGAGCACUAGCUUGAAGACUCUUAGUAUGCUGGCCGAGAGAGCGCAGGACAACCAGCUCUUGAGACUCCAGGUGGUGAUGUCAAGUCAAGUGUUGUCUAAAUGUCUGACUCAGGAGACGUCCUACAGAAUAGUCCGUCUGUCUGUGAGAUUUCUGUCGUUUAUCAUCUAUAAUGAAGACAUGGCCACUAAACUCUGCUCACAUGAAUAUCCAUGUCCUUUUCUCAAAAUAUUCCAGUACGUCACAUCUAGACCGGAUAAAUCCGCUUCUGAGGAUGUGUGGAGUCGUUUAGAACUUGAGGUCAUCCGGUUAUUAACCAAACUGUUCACACAGAAGACAGGGACAUGGCCGGCUUUGUGUGAAUCAUCCUGCCAGUGUAUUAAUGAGGUGGUGCGGACGGUCGUUGUGGUUUUACACAGACAAUGGCUGAAAACAAAAGGCAGAGGAAGUCAAACGGUGGGUCAUCGGAGCUGGACGAGUCCUGGAUUGCAGGUACUGCGAGAAGCUCUGAUGGUACUGCACUGGCUGCUGUUGAAGGACUCGUCUUUUUCCGAACACUGUCUGGAAGUCCUGCACAUGUACGAUCAGGUCAUUCCCGCCAUCAGAGACACCUUCCGGCUGGUCCCAGAUCUGUCCGAGAGCGAAGGUGAGUUUGUGUUAGGGCUGGGCGUGCAAAACAAAAGGGGAUGGGUGUGGAAUGGUCACCGUUCCCUUGGGGACAGUCUUGAGGGACAGUUGUCCUUCAGCUGA